AUGUCCAUUCUCGCCAUGCUACCACAGUCGAAGAUCGCCCUUCCAGCCCGACACAGUCGCAGUUCCUCUCGAAGAAAUCAAUCUCAAUCUCCAUCUCCAAACACCAGACACCUCGACAUGAAGGUUUUCGUCUGCUUACUGGCGGCUUGCAGCAUGGCCCAGGCGGGAUUCCUGGGCGGCGGCGGCGGUGGAGGCAGUGCCCUUAGCUCCGGCUGGUCCUCCGGCGGCGGAGGAGGAGGAUAUGGUGGUGGCUACAGCGGUGGCCAUGGAGGCGGUGGUGGCUACAGCGGCGGUGGUGGCUACGGAGGUGGCUACAGUGGCGGCCACGGAGGCGGCGGUGGCACCGUUAAGAUCAUCAAAGUGAUCACCGAUUCCGGAGCAGGCGGUGGCUACGGAGGCGGUGGCUACAGUGGUGGCCAUGGAGGCGGCUGGGCAGGUGGCUCCUCAGGUGGCUACAGCGGAGGCCACGGCGGUGGCUGGUCCUCGGGAGGCGGCUACAGCGGCGGUGGUGGCGGCGGACAUGGAGGUGGUGGCUAUGGAAGCAGCGGCAACGUUAAGAUCAUCAAGGUCAUCACCGACUCCGGCUCGAGCGGCGGCUAUGGCGGGGGCUACGGCGGUGGCCACUCCUCCGGCGGCUACUCCUCGGGAGGCGCCUCCAGCUACUCCUCCGGCGGCUGGGCUCCUCAGGGCGGCUGGGCCCAGAGUAGUUGGUAAACGCACUUC